AUGGAGUCUACGCUGGGGCUAGUAUCCGAUCCGGAUGAGCUGGAGCUGGCAAGUAUGAUUCCCAUGGGAAACCUUGAAAGUCUCAUCGAAACCGAAGUCGAACCGUUGGAUAUAAAUUCGACAACAGAACCGAUACAGCGUAACUAUCCUAGCGAUUUGGCAACACUUGACGAUAGAACUGACAGAACUGUCAUUACAACCCAAAAUAUAUGCGUUUCACUUGAUAAGUUGUCCGAAAAGGAAGAAGAUACUCCACCACAAUCACCGACUCUAGGCGCUUGUUGGGAGCCUUCUCCAAUAUUCACAAACCAUGAUAACUCCCCCGAAAGACCUGCCGAUCCAACGAUGGCAUUUGACAGUGUGGAGCCCUCCCAAGAAUGGGCAUUCUCCCAAAUACAACCAUCACUCAAACAACGCUUGACUCAAGACUCCCCUCAGCUUACAACAACUCAAGGCCCCGGCUGUUCGAUUGACGUUAAACCAGAAGACACGCAAACCACCACUCAACUGUACCAAGAACUUCCCCAAAUACCCGCCUCGAUUCGCAAUCUCUACUCUAGCGUGCGGGAGCAAUACAAUGACUACUGCUUCACGUACAUGCUGGCGGCUCACCUGUGUCAAAACAUCGUUCCGAUGAGUGCCUACAACGAGCUGAAGCUCAGUCUCCUGCUCAGUAUCGCUUCGAUCCAACGUUCCCCCGGUCGAUUGCAACCAUUCCACGUGAUCUGCCUGGGAGCGGAUACGGCGGUCGCCCACCUGCUAAUGCGAUCCGUCGGUCAGCUAGCGCGUCGUUUCGUCAUCGGAUCGUUCGAACUGCUGGCCGGGGGUCGUGUCCUCGCGGAGGACAACUUUGUCGAGUGCGGAGCGACUACGCUCGCCCGGACCGGUGUUUGCUACAUCGGAGACUGGGCCAUGCAGAAGCCCAGCAACGAGAUUCGGAUUCUGCGUGAAAUCGAAACCGGUCAGGUCAUCAUCGAGAAUCACCCGAUCGCGUACCCGUUGGAGUGCGCCAUCUGGACCCACUGGAGCUACAGUCGGCGAGCAAAGCAGGAUUUGAAUGCGCUCGUGGUGUUUCUGAAUGUCUUCGGUAUACCGAUUGUGCUACCCGAACAACCCCCGAAUUCGGUGGUAGACUUCAUUUUGGAACGAUCACUCCUGGAUACCGAUCCGGCUGACCAAGAAACGGUGGUACCCGAAGAGGACUUCCGGCAGCUACUGGCGAUGUUGUAUUUUCAAGAAAUCACAAUUCCCGAGGAAGUCGACAAACUGCUGAGUGAUUACUUUGUGGCAAGUCGACUCAUUGUUCAAGAAUCCCUCACUCAGUCAUCAUUUUCCACCCUCCGGAAACUAACGGAAGCACACGCGCGUCUCUGCUUCCGUACGGAAGCUUCUAACUUGGACGCCGUAGUCGCGAUAAUGAUUUGCGAAAGUUUCAUUCACACAGUUUUCACGGACUCAACCAACCGGCCUCCGUUGAGUGACAACUUCGAGUCCAUUGAAGAUCUGAAUCGGCAUUUUCAACGGUUCGCACAAUGGUUAGCGGAAUUUCUCAAGAGAACCAUUCACAUAUAA